CGGUUGGACAAGCACAUUUUUGUCUAGUAAACUCUUGUUAACGCUUUACCCAGCAUCUGUCUGCUCGGAGAACAGGUUCAUCUAUCAAAAAUAGAAAUUGCACUUGGUUUAAGAAUAUCUCCGAUGAUGAUAUGUCUUUGUUAAGCAUUGGCGUGGCGCGUGAAAGUUGAUGGUGGGCUGCCUCUCAAAGUUCUCUGAAGUUGUUCAAACAGGAGAAGAGAUAUAAUGGUUCUUCAACGAGACGAGCUUCAAUGAAAUAAUGAUUUCGCUCAUCAGCGGUCGGUGGUGGAGAUGGAAGUUCCAGAAAGCUCUCACAGUUUUCGUGCUGCUGAUCUGCUUUUCGACCACAGUAGCUCAGAGCUGCCAGAGUAGCGUCAGCUGCAAUGUGGUGCUCACCGACUCCCAGGGCUCUUUUACCUCCCCCUGCUACCCCAAUGACUACCCACCCAGUCAGGCCUGCAAGUGGACCAUACAGGCCCCGGCCGGCUUUAUAGUGCAGAUCACCUUCCUAGAUUUUGAACUCGAGGAAGCACACGGCUGCAUCUAUGACCGCAUCGUCAUCAGCACUGGCACGAGUGAUGCCAAAUUUUGCGGCUUAACACCCAAUGGACUAACUCUCAACUCCAGUGGCAAUGUGAUGGAGGUUUCCUUUAACUCAGACUUUAGUGUCCAAAAGAAAGGCUUCCAUAUCAGUUACAAGCAAGUGGCAGUGGCACUGAGGAGCCAGAAGGUCACAAUGCCAAAGAGCAGCAAGAGUAUAGUGAGAGUGUCCAAUUCAGUCUCCAUUCCUGUUCUCACUGCGUUUACUGUGUGCUUUGAGAUCGCCCGCACAGCCCAGAAGAGCACAGAGACCAUCUUUACCUUGUCUGAUGCUGCUGGGACAUCCAUAUUGGCAUUUGAAAAAACAACGAGAGGCAUGGAGCUGUUCAUAGGCGGUUCCUACUGUUCUGUGAACGACAUACUCACUAGCUCAGAUAUCACAUCCAGCAUGACGCCCAUCUGCCUCACCUGGACCAAGUCUUCUGGCCAUGUGGCAGUGUACUUUGGAGGCCGCUAUAAAGCCAACACCUGCUCAACCUCUCAGGUUUACACCCUGCGGGGUGGGGAUAUCCUCCAGCUUGCAGGAAAAGGGUCAAGCUCAGUCAGUGUGGAUGAUCAGAAUUUGGAUGGCUUCAUUUAUAAUUUCCGAUUGUGGGAUUACGCCAUGCUCUUAUCUGAGCUGUCUGCCCUCACCUGUGAUGUUGUGGGUAAUGUCGUUGACUGGGAUCAUCGCUUCUGGACUAUCCCGGGCAGUUACACGCAGACUGACAGCACACUCAGCUGUAUCUGUUACCCAAAUUGCAUUCACUUAACAGCUUCAACUAGUGGCACUGCCAUAGCAACUCUUUCCCCGGAAACCCCAGGUUGUGCCUCCCCCGGACUUGGCUGCCCAGCAACAUUAACUGUUACCACCGCAUCCAUUGCCACCACUAACAUGAUUCCUACUAAUGCAACAACCCACGCUAUUACUACUACUCUUUCAUACACAACUACUUCUAGCAUGCCUCUAACCACAACUUCUGUUCUACUCAUACCCACCACUAGUGCUAAAACAACAACUACAACUACUGAGGAAAUUUUCUACAGAAUAUCCCUUGUGGUUAUUGAUGAACAAGCAAACACCCCCAGCGAUGUUAAGAUGAUGAUAUCUCAAUGGCUUAAUCAAACGUUUCAGAACUGGAUCUACAGAGUUUAUGUUAAUAGUGUCAGUCUCCAACCUGACACUGUUCUCUCAAGGGCCGCAACGAUUCGACAAACCUACAUGGCCCUGCUGGUGUAUAAGAAUACCACUGAUGCAAGUCUGACCGAGGCAGAGAUUGAGAACAGGCUGAGAAAUGCCCCUGUAAUUGGAAAUGGCUUAAUAUUGGACAGUGUGUUCGUGAAUUUAAUGGAAAACUGCCAGCCAGAGGAGUUCCCAUUCCACUACAGAUGGCCAGAGAGCAGACCCACAGUCACCCAGUAUAUCCCCUGCUUCCCUUACAAAGAGCAAAACGCAUCCAGGACUUGCAUGAUUAGCCAGUAUAAUUACACAUCAUUUUGGGCUCUCCCUGACCGUGGAAACUGCACUAAUAUAACAAGCAUUUCAGUUUCACAAGAGAAUGCAAUGGAAGUGGCCGUGCAGCUUGCUGACAUCACUAAUAAUGAGCUCUCUAAGGAGGAGGUGGCACAGAUUGUCUCCAAGUUGAAAGAGCUUGUGAACAUAGCCAAAAUCAACGCCACCCUGGCCAGCACUGUGGUCACUAUCAUCUCCAACGUCAUGGUCAGCUCAGAUGACGCUCAAAAGGACGCCUCAGAGACAGCUCUCAAAGCAGUGGAUGACAUGGUGCAUAAGAUUGAAUUUGAUGGACCCUCACUGACCAUCACAUCCAAAUAUCUGGCUGUGGGAGUUUCUGCCCUCAACACCAGCAAUUUUAAUGGGACCACUUUCAGUGCGUUUAUAGCCACAAACACGACAGACCCUCAGAUCGAUUUUGAGUCUGAGGCCCAGAACGCUUUGGCUGUGGUCACUCUACCUCCAACACUGCUGCACAACCUGAGUAAUUCACUAAUGGAGAGAGUGUCCAGAAUAAACUUUAUGUUCUUCACCAAGACAGGGCUCUUUCAGCAAUUUGGAUCAUUAAUGGAUCAGCAAAGUAAUGGCAAGUCCUUGAACAGCUAUGUGGUGGCUAGCAGUGUUGGCAACUUCACAAUCAAAAACCUGCAGGAUCCCGUCAAGAUAGAGAUUGCACAUUUGGAGUACAAGAGAGAUCCAAAGCCUCUUUGUGUGUUUUGGGAUUUCAACCUUAAAAGUGAGGAUCGCACAGGGGGCUGGAAUAGUGAAGGCUGUCUGGUCAGUCCGGAGUCCAACAGCAACAGGACCGUCUGCUUGUGUAAUCACCUCACACACUUUGGCAUUCUAAUGGACAUCUCUGGAGCUUCUGCGCAGAUAGAUGAGAAGAACAACAGGGUUCUUACCUUCAUUACCUACAUCGGCUGUGGCAUCUCAGCCAUUUUUUCAGCAGCAACACUGCUCACAUACAUCGCUUUUGAGAAGUUGCGGCGAGACUAUCCUUCCAAGAUCCUGAUGAAUCUCAGCACGUCACUGCUCUUCCUCAACAUGGUGUUUCUUCUGGAUGGCUGGUUGGCUUCGUACGACAUUGAGGGAUUGUGUGUGACAGUUGCUGUUUUUCUGCACUUUUUUCUUCUCACUUCCUUCACCUGGAUGGGCUUGGAGUCCAUCCACAUGUACAUUGCCCUGGUCAAGGUCUUCAACACCUACAUCCGGCGAUACAUCCUCAAGUUUUGCAUCGUGGGAUGGGGUGUCCCUGCUGCAAUUGUUGGAAUUGUGUUGGCUGUGAGCAAAAAUUCUUAUGGAAAAAAAUAUUAUGGAAAAGCAGAGAAUGGACAGGGCACAUCAGAAUUUUGUUGGAUUAAUAGUCCGGUGGUAUUCUACGUGACGUGCGUGGGCUACUUUUCCAUGAUCUUCCUGAUGAAUGUUGCCAUGUUCAUCGUGGUCAUGAUCCAGAUCUGCGGGCGUAACGGCAAGCGCAGCAACCGAACACUCCGAGAGGAGAUCUUACGUAACCUGCGAAGUGUGGUCAGCCUGACUUUCUUGCUGGGCAUGACCUGGGGCUUUGCUUUUUUCGCCUGGGGUCCGGUCAGCCUGGCCUUCAUGUACCUCUUCUCCAUUUUCAACUCCUUACAGGGAUUAUUCAUAUUUGUGUUCCACUGUGCCCUGAAAGAAAAUGUACAGAAGCAAUGGAGAAGAUAUUUGUGCUGUGGAAAGUUCCGCUUGGCAGAUAAUUCAGACUGGAGCAAGACUGCCACUAAUAAUACCAAGAAAGUGAGCUCUGAUAACCUGGGAAAGUCCCUCUCCUCCAGUUCUUUUGGCUCCACUACAGCCAACUGGACGUCUAAAGCCAAAGCUACACUAAACCCCUUUGCCAGGCACAGUAAUGCAGAUAGUACCCUGCAAUAAUGCCAUGGAGAGACUUCCUGAGCUUCUAGCAAAGUAAAAAUCCCAUUAAGCGAAGGAAGGACUAGUUCUAGUUCUAGUUGUGAAGACCAAUUACAACACAAAUUGUGACACUGUGUUAAUUUGAAUACAGAUUUAUUUGACUGAUUUUUUGUUGUUGUUUUGCUUGUUUGUUUUGCCAGUAUGACUCAAUAUGUGAAUUGUGAAAUAAUCUUUGCUAUUAUAUUGAAUAUUAUAAAUGACUUUUCUAGCAUAGUACAUAGGAGCAUAAUAUACUCUGGCUGAGAUGCCAAAACUGUGCUCCAGUUUUUGCUAUUCUGUAUUUAGACCUGUAGGUCAAUAACUUCCUGGAGCCCCAAUUUCCCUCAUAAUAGGACAGAAGCUGUUCAAUUUGUUGCACAUUAAAAAGGAAUCAUUGAACAGGAAAACUUGAGCAAUAUUGUUCUGGCAAAAGUACUACAGAAGGGGACUGAAGAUGCAUGUGUGUAUUGGAAUGUUUUUGCCCAAGAAUGCACAAAGGCAUGGAAUAUCAACAGAAUGGCAUGGACAAUUAACGACUCACCCCUUUUAAUGACCAUUAGUUGAAUGAAUUGGAAACUAAUAUGAUCAAACUGUCGAAGUAUUGACAACACCCAGUUCUGCCUUCUUUUGAAGCAGCCAACAUGUUUGAACAUACUUUACAUUGGGUGCCAGUUGUCAUCUUCAUAUUGUAUGUAUGGAUACUUUGGCAUCAAUACUCGAUGGCUCACUAAUUGCAGCUAUUAUAAAAAUAUAUUCACGCAGUCCUUCAGUCAACCAUUGUGGCAUAUUUGCAGGUAAAAGUUUCUCCAAUCAGAGCAGUCCCAAAUGCAGCCCUUCCGACGGAGAGGCUUCCUCGUCCAUCCUCCCCGUGCACCAGGUCUUGGACAAGGUAAAGGGCUACUGCUCCGUGCGCUCGGACAACUUCUACAAAAACAUCAUCAUGUCAGACAGCUUUAGCAAUAGCACUAAAUUCUAGGGAGAGGAGGCUGAGAUGGAGCCUUCCUGUGUCCCAGACUUACCUUGUGCGGAAAGGCGGGACCAUGUUUAUACGCUACAGUACAUAUUGAGUUAACCCUCCCCGACUGGAGUAGAGAAACACAUAACCCUGUAGAGAGGGCAAGCUAUGAAAGUGUGGAUUUUACAUACUGUGAUAUUCAGCUUAUACUGACUAUGUGAUCUGUAAAUAAUCAUAAUAUAUUUUACUAUUUGUGCUUUUUCUAAUUUCUGUUUUGCAUAUUUUCUUUUUUUGCACAUUACUUUGUUUUUUUGUUCAAGUAUUUUGUAUAUAUAAAUACAUCAAUGCUUGCUACAGCAGAAAAAUGGGACCAUUUCACAACCAAAGACUGACGAACAUGAGGAGUAGUUAGUUCCUCUGUUCGGGACUGAAAGAACACGAAUGGUUGGAGCUUGAAUUUUCACACUUGUGAAUUUUGCCUUGGUUUAGCUUUCGUUACCGUAAGCAGAUAAAGUAAAUUUUCACUGUAAAUUAGUGAAGCUUUAAUACCUUUGUUUUGUCAUUAUUUAAAUGCUCUCUAUUUCAGUCUUUACAUGAUCUACUACUGAUUAACAUGUUACAGAAAAUGUUGUUUUUUUACAGUGUGAACAUUGUUCAGUUGUUUCAGUGCAUACAGUUUCAUAAAACUGCUCUAACAGAAGGGCAGGACACCGAGAUCAGUCUUCUGCUGUUUGAUAACGGAAUGGAAAACAACAGCUAUACACCAAAUCUAACAUGUUCAGAUCUUCCUAUUGCUGUAGUUUAAUGACAUUGUUGUUUUGACUUGGUAUUUAUUUUAAACGCUUUUAAGAGAUUUCUAUGCUUCAGUGAAGAAAAUGUCAGCAGCAGGAAACGCUUACCAAGGGCUGUUCAGUUUGCUCUGGUCAUCAGUGUAGAUCAUCAUUAGUAUAGCGGUUAUGGAUGCUUUGUGAAAAUGUGACAUCUUGCAUAUUAAAUGCACUUAAACCAGA